UGGUCCGGGCCGGGGCCUGGCCCGCCGGGCGGGGUGCUCGGCUGGGUUGGGGGGCGGCGACCUUGGGUUGGGGGGCCGUGAGGAGGAGUGGAGGCCGGGGAGCCGCAGGCCCAGCGUCGGCGCGCUGCGGGCCGGCAGAGAAGGGGCGCGCGUCGACGCACCGACCCCGGAGCCGCCCUGGAGCAUGUGGAAGCUGAGCCGGAGCCGGGUGCUCUUGGACGAGCCCCCCGAGGAGGAGGACGGCCUGCCAGGGGGGCCGCCGCCGGCCGCCGCCGCCGCUGCCGCGCAGGUUCAGGGAGCAAGUUUCCGAGGCUGGAAAGAAGUGACUUCUCUGUUUAAUAAAGACGAUGAACAGCACCUGCUGGAAAGAUGUAAAUCCCCCAAGUCCAAAGGAACUAACUUGCGGUUAAGAGAGGAGUUGAAGACAGAGAAGAAGUCUGGAUUUUGGGACAAUUUGGUUUUAAAACAGAGUAUUCAGUCUAAGAAACCAGAUGAGAUUGAAGGUUGGGAGCCCCCAGCACUCGCCCCUGAAGAUGUGACGGCCGACGCGGGAGACGCGGCGAGCGGCCGCCCCCCUCGGCCAGGCUGGGAGGAGGAGGGCAAGGGCCGUAGCAAGUACAGCAGCCUGGCGAGCUCAGGGAACAGCUCCCGCUGGAGCCUCCGGUCGGCCGGGAGGCUGGUCGGCAUCCGACGGCAGAGCAGGGGCCACCUGACCGACAACUGGGAAGAGCUGGAGUGACCGCACGGGGCCGAGUGCUCUCCAACCACAACUGCUGACGCGACCCCUGCGUCUCCCCCCCCCCCCGCCCCCCCAUGCCGGUCUGAGAGUUUGCGGUCUCACUCUGCGUUCGUUCCCAUGCCCGCUGGCCCCUCCCACGUGGACGAGAGCAGAGUACCCUCUCUGCCCGCCCGUGUCCGGGCGUUCCUGCCCGCGGACUGACGGAGGAGAGCCCCAGCCGGUGGCCGCCUCCUGGGAAACGUCUGCCCCUUCUGGUCGCAGCGCCGUCAGACGCGGCCCUGUGGGCUGCGCCCUGCUGUUCUCCCCUGUGUGCCCUGUCUCCCCCCCUCCCCCGCGACCCCCCGUGUCCUGCAUGUGGUGUCCGUGUGUGUCCACGACACUCGACUGUAGUGGCGGGGCCGGGCUCUCUUCCCAGAAGCCCGUGAUCCAGCUGUGAAACCAAUCUUCCAAAGGUUAUGUUAAAUUGUGUUCAGCCUGGCAAAUUAAACCUUUUUUCAUCUUAAAUACCAGGAAAGCAAAGGCUACAUUUGAUGCAGCACGAAAUGCCACUCUCCGCAAAGCAUCUUCAUCACUUGCGCUGGGAGGAGGAGUCUCCUGCGUGCAUGGACGACGGGGACAGUGGUUCUUACUUUAGGGUUCAUCUUACUCGUCCUGAACGUCCACGUCCUGAUCUUCAUGUUCUGAAAACGCGCUGUUCUGUGAUUGCAGGUUAAAGAAUACCAUCAAGGUGGAUCAGGUUGAGCAACUUGAUUCUCUGAAUUGUUCUUGGAAAACACUAAUUUGCUGAUGGCGUUAAAACUGUAUAUAAAAUACUGCAAGUGCCUCUUUUCUAUAAUGUGCAGGUGUUUGGUUUCCAAAGUGAGUCAGUUGCCGUGGCUACUGCCGGACGCCCAGGAAGGAUGGGCCGCGCACCGUGCUCGGGGCUCCUUCGCAGCACGGCCGCGUCCACAGGUGGCGCCACAGCCGCCUGAGGCAAUGGUGGUUUGGAGGAAAAGGUUUAGGGUGUUUCUGAAUAAAAACAGAAACCUCCAGUGACACUGUGCAUACCUCUCGUGAGAAAACACGGUCCCCCAUUGGCUCCGCGUGCACGUCUGUGCCGCGUAGCAAACACACGUGUGGGAACCCACGCAGGCCCGGUGGCGGGACUCCUGAUGGUAGAGCGUCAGUCUGUCCUCCAUCCAUCCGUCCAUCUGUCCACCCAUCUUUUUUUACUAGAAGAAGCCUACUUGACUGAGUUUUGAACGGGGGGGCAUGUUUAAGUGGCAUGAAAAUAAAGAUCGGUUUGUUAGAACCUUGAGAUGCUGGGGGUGUGUCUGGUGAUGCUGGUGGAUGUUGGUGGAACAAGUCCUCAGGGAAAGGGCUCAGUAGGCAGCGGUGGCCCUGCGUCCCCUGCAGCCGCACCCACGCGGCUGUGACCUGGGUGCGUGUGUUAGAGCCCGAGCUGAGGCGCAGGGAAGGAGGCUCUGUGUCUGGGACUCUGGGCGCGGGCAGAGCAAAGUCAGGACCCCGAGACCCGCUGCAGGUCGCUGCACCCACGCGUGGCGACGCCAAGUGCCUGUAACUCACCUCCGUGCAAAUCGGUGACGCAAGGCUGACGACAGUCCUUCAUAAUAUGGUUUCUCAAAAUCUGAAGACAAAGCCAGAUCGGAAUUGGAACGUGCACCGUAAAUCACAUUUUUCUUAUCUACCGAGAUUAAUGUUAGAAUAACCUUUUUCUUCUGUUGUAUCUGAUUAAAUGAAAAUAAGUAUGUCUGCGGUUUUUAAUUUAUUUAUUGGUGUGCUUUGGGAGAGAAGUAUUUUUUCUGAUAGAAUUUACCAAAGCAACUUUGUGUUGUUCAUGGCUUAACGAGAGAAUGUGGUUUUUUGACUUUGGGGUUUUUGUUUGCAUUCUGUGAACACACGACUUCACUGUGCAAAGAGCGAGCGCUCCGUGCUCCUCCUGUUGCUUACUUUGUAAAAGGAAAGUGAUUGGCUUUGAAGAAGGUAGAAUUCAUUCUCAACGCUGAGGUUUUAAAAAAAUAAAAGUAUCGUUCAUUUCCUCUUU